UAGAUAAAGGUGGUGGAAACUAGGAGGCUUUGUAAUUGGGACUAAUUUGUAGUUAUGAAUGAUGGAUUUUGAAACGUGCACUUUGAUCACGUGUUUACUUUAUUAAGAAAUACCAACUACCAAUUAUACUUAUUUGUGGUCGUGGAACUAUAUUACUAUGAAUGGCAUGUAAUCAAUGAGAACUAAUGAUCAUGGACUGUAGAAGGGAUAAUCAGCUAUCGCUAUUGAUACCAUAUUAAAGCAAAAUCAUAUCGAUUGUGGCAUAGGGGAUAAUAGCUGUAUUCAUUUUUUUUUUUGCUGCAUUUUAUGUAGCUUCGGAAACAAGUUUUUAGAAAUCAAAUAAGUGCAUAUUGGGAAUGAGCACCAGUUAGAGCCUUUAUAUUACCUUGUCGCACAUAGUAUUAUGUUUAUUCAUGUAAUUUUUUUUUUAGAAUGAGCAUCAGUUAAUUGUCAUUUCGAGCCUUUAUAUUACCUUGUAGCACAUAGUAUUAUGUUUAUUCAUGUAAUUUUUUUUUUUAGAAUGAGCAUCAGUUAAUUGUCAUUUCGAGCCUUUCUCCCUUUCUUCACAACAAAAGUACCAAAAUCACCUUCACCAUCAUCAUCUUCAUCAUCAUCAACAUUCAAUUCAACUGUUCUAGGAACAAAUUUAGGUGUCGAAGGAGACAUAAAUGUCGGAUUGCGUGAUUUUCUGACAGAAUGCGGAGCUUCCGAAUGAUGUUGAUCGGGCUUAACGAUGAAAGUGACGGAAAUGUCAUCGGAAGUUUCGGCGUCGAAAUCAAAGGAGCCGGCGCCGCUGAAGUCCUUGGGAAGACGCUUGAGAAGAGGAGGGAGAGAGUCGUCGUCCAUGUCAUCGCCGGUGGUGUUGUGGACGACGAAGGUGGAGAAAGUGUUGUCGGAGGAUUUUGCCAAAAUUGAUGGUGUUGGAGGUUUUUGACCACGUCGAGGCAGUGGCGGACCCACAUGUAGUCAUUGUGGGUCCAGUGACACACUAUUUUAAAAAUAAAAUAAAAUAAAAUUUAGAUCUAUUUCACAUUUUCACGGUACUCCUUGACUCCAUUGAAGCGUACUCGAAAUUCUCCAUUGAAAGGGUUUUCUCUCCUCCACUGAAGCAGUCUCAAAGGGUUUGGUUUGUGGAGCGUACUCGAAAUUCUCCAUUGAAGCGGCUUCUGACUUUCUGAGCUUUCUCUCCUCCAUUGAAGUAGUCUCUAAGGAUCACUAUUUUGGACUUUGCUUUAAGCGAGUUGCUGCCAUGAUAGGAAGUGCCCGUGUUCGGCUUAGUGGUUGGCAGCAGGCUGCAGUUGCUCUUGGUUCAGCUGUUGGUGCACUAGUUGAUCCACGAAGAGCUGAUCUCAUAGCAGCCUUGGGAGAGACUACUGGAAAGCUUGCUUUCGAAAAAGUUCUUGAAAGAAUGAAAAGAAGUCAAGAGGGCAAAGCAAUUCUCUUGGAAAGGCCACGAAUUAUAUCUGCAAAUGUUGGGCAUGCAUGGGACCUCCCUGAAAACACAUUUGGGGCUGCAUAUGCCAAGUUCAUGGGAUCAAGGAAUUUUUCUCCAGAUGAUAGACCACCUGUACGGUUUUUGGACACUGAAGAGUUAGCAUAUGUGGCUAUGCGGGCUCGAGAGGUGCAUGACUUCUGGCACACUCUCUUUGAUCUUCCCGCAAACUUAUUGGGUGAGUCAGCUCUGAAGGUAAUAGAGUUCCAACAAAUGCAUCUUCCAAUGUGCUUCAUGUCAGUCAUAGGAGGUUCAGCAAGAUUCAACUCUAAACAGAGAUCACUUUUCUUUGAGCAUUACUUACCCUGGGCCUUGCGUGCUGGAAUGAACUGCACAGAUUUGAUGUGUAUAUAUUAUGAGCGCCACUUCGACGAGGAUCUGGAUGUUGUUCGGAGAAAAUGGGGGAUCAUUCCUGCUCCUCCCCUUGCUGCUAAGGUUUGAAAUAAUAUAUGGCCAAGAGUAACUUUUGUUUAAGACUCUUGAUUUCCCCUCAUAUACCUAUGUUAAAUCCUUCACACUGACAUGGGCACUUGACAGUUGACACUUAAUUUAGGACCAAAUCAUGGAAUAAACUUGUAAAAUAGCAGAUUCUGACACUCGGGUGUACCCAUGUCCGAAUGAAUGUGUCGGGGCAAACAUAGAAACGGAAAGCAGGUGUAGUGUAGUGUUACCUGGAGUAUGAAUCUGAAGCCCGAAGUCCAUCUUUGGAUUUUGUAGUGACAGUAAGACAACUAGAAAUCUUUGUUUUAGUAUACUGAGACAGCAACUUGAGAGUCCAGGAGUGGCCUUUUUCUCCCACUUUGCAGGGUAUUAUUAGCUAUUGCCCUUGGUUAUGAAUCCAGGAGACAUGCAAUAUCCUAAUGAUCAACAUUAUGGAUUAGCAGCUGCUUUAGGUUUUCAACAAGUGCUGCUAUAAACAUUAAAUUGGAUUUUUUAGUGUUGUGUUUGUCACUUAGUCUAAUUGUUCUCUACUAAAUUUAGAGUGAUAAAAUUGUUACUUCGCCAGGUCAAACUUUCUGCUCCGUUGAUCUAAAUGAUAAGCGGCAAGACAUGCCCAUGAUAUAUGUUAUUCAUUCUUCAACAUGUGGUCACCUGGCAAGAAGGAUCGAUAUGAUGCAAGGUAAUUUAUGCCAGGAAAAAAGAGGUUUAACGGUAGUAGCCUAUUAGGUAGACUUUGCCCGAUAUUUGGUUCUGGAUUUGUUGGUUAUCCUUUGUAGUUUGUAUGAGGGCCAACAUCAUGUGUACUUUCAAAGUAUGAGGAAUUAAGAUCUUCGGGAUCAAUUUAGAUCAAAUGUUUUACUUGCCACUUUUCUUAGAAGGAUGGAAAGUACCAACUGCCAUGAUAAGGGUGGAACUUACCAAGGGAAAUUUACUUGUUUUGUACUCCAAUAAUACUCCCUAAUUUGAAGUAUGGACAAGUGCCCAUUAUUAAAAAAAAAAAAAGAAAAAGGAACUACGUAUUGCACUA